GAGCUCGCGACCGGAGGCGACUGCAAGCGCGACUGCCGCAGCCACGUGUUCCGCGGCUUGGACGCCACCUACCGGCGAGUCCGGAAAUCCUGCCUGAAAGAGAAGUCGCCCGUCCUCUCGUGCCUUCGGGGGCCGAGCCCAAGGAAUAAUUCGCUGCUACGGAAACAUGUGCACUGCUGCGAGAGAGCCGAGGGAACGGAGUGCCGCGAUUCGUGCGUCCGCGCCCUCAAGGAAUCCGCGUCCGAGUCCGAGGUCAUCGAGUCCAUGUCCCUGGGCGGCUGCGGGCUCGUCCUCCCCUACAAGGAGCCGUGGACGUGCUUCCUGAGGAGCGAGUCGAAGCAGGUGGAGGUCGCGCCGGAGGCGAAGGCGCCGCUGGACUCGGCGAAGAUGCAGUGCUGCCAGAAGGCGAGGUCCGGCGCGUGCUGGAGUCUCUGCUAUCGCACCUUCUCGAGGGAGUGGGAUAUGUACACGAGGUUCAGCGAGGAGUGCCUCGCUUCCAGGGGAGAGUCCCAGCUCAUGCAGUGCAUCAAUGAAGUGGAAGAGCCGUGCGAACUCGGCUGCAACGGACUCAGCUUCUGCACCAACUUCAACAACCGCGGCCUGGAGCUGUUCCGGAGCUGCAAGGCCGACAGCGACCUGGCGGCCCGUCUCCAGUGGGACGCCUGGAAGGAGGAGAAGGCGAUCCGGCUGCAGGGUGUGGCCCUCCCGGUCGGGGACGUGACGCUGCCGAUCGGGGACGUGGCGGGGUGCCUGCCGCACGUGUGGAAGGCGGUCGCCUGCGCCCUGCACGUCAAGCCGUGCCACCAGAGGGGUCACUCCGUGGCUAUUUGC